UAAUCUGAUCUUUUGGCUGAAGGGACAAGUAGCAGAAAUAGGAGUUCGGUCGGUGGAAGAAGGAGAAGGUGUGAGACCACUAACUACACUAAGUCACUCUAAGAAGGAGUAACGUUAGAUGGCGGUUCUUUGGCGUGAUUAGGCCUACAAAAGCAGAAAAAAUGGUGUGAAUGUGUAUAACAAUAUAAAAUAUUUUGAUGCUCUUUAAAUAGAAAUCUACCCCAAGCAGUACCACAAAGGAUUUAUUCUACUACGAAAGCCAAGUACAUGUCUGAACAAACUUACUUGCGUUUUUCAUUUCACUGGGAACAGAAAUACUAUGGAUCUGGAAACGCUUUAAUUCCCUCUUUGCCUAAAUAUCCCCCAUUUCCCUGGACUGCCGCCUCGGGACCGCGCUGCCCACGUGACCCCGAUCAAGUUUCACUCUCUGGGAUUCGGUGCGGAAUUCCAGAAAAAGAGUCGGUCGUUAUUCCGAGUCAGACUAUCAGAGUUGACCUUGCUCAUGACUUGGAUAUAAAUAUAUACAAUCACCUUUACAAGUACGGGUUUUGUUGCGGAGAGCACGCACAACUCAACAGUACGACGCACUUUUUAUUUCGCGUGCAUCAGCUCAUUUUUCUCCGUUAAAUAGCCUACUGAUCAUUUCACUAAGCAGCCGCCGGUUAACUCGGUGAUCGCGGAUAGAGGUCGAUUAACCCGAAAAAACAUUAUCCGGUCGCAUUUAGCUAGAGUUAUGGCGACGCAGACCUUGAGCAAAGAUGAUGUCAGCUACAGGCUUCAUUUCCGCAUGAUCAACGAGCAACAAGUGGAGGAUAUUACCAUCGAGUUUUUCUACAAGCCUCACACGAUCACGUUGCUCACUUGCACCGUGAUCAGCUUGAUGUACUUCGCUUUUGCAAGGAAUGACACGGAUCCAGACAGCAACUUAAGAGUGGGCCUCCUGUUGGCGAUCUUCUUCUUUCUCAUCAUUAGUGUCCUUGCCUUCCCCAACGGUCCGUUCACGAGGCCACAUCCAGCGAUAUGGCGCAUGGUUUUCGGUCUCAGUGUUCUGUACUUCCUCUUCCUGGUCUUCAUCGUCUUCCUGAACUGGGAACAGGUGAAGAGCCUGAUGUACUGGCUGGAUCCUGAUCUUCGCUACGCCACCCGUGAAGUCGAAGUCAUGGAGUAUGCGGUGAACUGUCACGUCAUCACCUGGGAGCGCAUCCUCAGCCACUUCGACAUCUUCGCCUUCGGGCACUUCUGGGGCUGGUCCAUGAAGGCGCUGCUCAUCCGCAGCUACGGACUCUGCUGGACCAUCAGCAUCACCUGGGAGCUGACGGAGCUGUUCUUCAUGCAUCUUCUGCCCAACUUUGCUGAGUGCUGGUGGGAUCAGGUGAUCUUGGACAUCCUCCUGUGCAACGGGGGAGGUAUCUGGCUGGGCAUGACCGUCUGCCACUUCCUGGAGAUGCGGACGUACCACUGGGCCAGCAUCAAGGACAUACAUAGCACUACGGGGAAGAUCAAGAGAGCCGUGCUGCAGUUCACGCCUGCCAGCUGGAUCUACGUGCGCUGGUUUGACCCCAAGUCGUCCUUUCAGAGGGUGGCGGGCAUCUACCUCUUCAUGAUUCUCUGGCAGCUGACGGAGCUCAACACAUUCUUCCUGAAGCACAUCUUCGUAUUUCAGGCUUCCCACCCCCUCAGCUGGUGUCGGAUCCUGUUCGUCGGUAUUAUCACGGCCCCCACCGUGCGGCAGUAUUAUGCUUAUCUCACCGACACACAGUGCAAAAGGGUUGGCACACAGUGCUGGGUCUUUGGGGCCAUCGCCUUCCUGGAAGCCCUGGCCUGCGUUAAAUUUGGCCAGGACCUCUUCUCCAAAACUCAGGUCCUCUACGUCAUCCUCUGGCUCCUGAGUCUGGCCUUCAUCACCUUCCUCUGCCUCUAUGGGAUGGUGUGGUACGCGGAGAGGUACGAGACGCAUGACAAGAACCAUUCAGAAUGUGAGGAUUCCUACGACAGAAAUUCGAAAGACUAUUGGCCUAAAAGGAUCAGAGGAGAAGAUUCAGGGGCUGCCUUUUGCUCAUCCAAGCAGAGGAGGAGUGUGGGCAAGAACAAGGCGGGCAAUGGGCAAGACAGGCGGAAGUGAAGACUGGUUUGCCCCUCCCCCCCCAACACCGCUACCACCACCAAUACUGUCAGAGACUGGGAAUCAGGCAUAGAAUUGAUCUCUGUAGAAGAUCUCUACAAUCUGAGAGCAAAGAAGAGCAGAGGGGAACGAAUCUAGAUGGUUGGGUGGAAGAUGAUAUCUGGUGUGAUGCCGUCUGGUCAUUUUGGACAAACUGCUGUUUUCAUUGUACCUCGUGACCUGCUCCCAACCUGUGAGAGUCCUGUGUAUGUUGCAGGAUAACAGUUCUUCAUUUUGACUGCAGAACCCAAGCAGCCAAUCAGAGUGCAAAUUACUACUGUGAAUUUGCGUGCAAGUUCCGCCUAUACUAUACACACUGUGCUCAUUUGUCGGUCUUGAGUAUUGUCCUAGUGGCAGUAUUUAACACAAUAGUGUCUUGCAAGGUAUUUCUAAUACCAGCAUUUAUGAUUUGAACAUAGAGCACUGAACAUUUGAAAAUAUAUAUAUAGAAUAUCAAGAUUUCAAAUGGGCAGCUUUGGAAACCCUGGGUGAAACACUUUGAGUACUUUUUAAGUCGUUUGAUCUGUGACUUCGGUUUGUAACAUUGUGGUGCUUGUUUAUGAAGCUGUAUUAACAGAACCUGCAUGUCGUUGUUUUCUCUUAUAGGUUUUCAUUAUGAGGCCUUAAGUUACCUUCCUAAAAUGGGCUUCCUGUCAGUAUUGCUUCUUUCCCCUGAUGGACAUUAUCAUUCAUCUCUGGUACUUGAUUCACAUUCACUCGUCUGUACUGCUUCCCUCUUAGCUGGUAGGGGUGAUGAGAUUUGACGGUGACGUUCAUCUUCCUGGAAACCAUUGCGGAUCACGAUUGAAAAAUUUAAUCACAUGAAUCUGACCGACAGUCAUGAUAACGUUUGUACAAUCUGUCAGCGUCUUGAUAAACUUUUUAUUGAAGAGUAUUUCUUAAGCAUGUUGUGUUUUGUAUGUUGUAGAUUUUGGUUGUAUUUUAAGAUGCUUUAAUAAUCACCUGUUUUGGAUUAUUUUUUUUCCUAACCAAUGGGAUGAUCUUCCUGUAAUUUACAUGGAAAGUGGUGAUAACAUUGUAUUAACCAAAGGGACACUAUUGAUAUGAUACUUUUGUGAUGAACUUACAUCUAAUGAAAGAUUCUGUGGCAAAAAAUAUUUGUGUGUAUUACAUCCAUAUAUUUAUUAUGCAGUCAGAAUGUUGAGCAGGUGUUCAGAACUGAGCAAAGGGUUAAAUUUAAAACAUGAAAUGGGCUAUAAAUGUUAACAAUGGACUGUACUGUAUUUAGGUCAUAAAGAUUUAAAUGUUUCUAGACUGUUUUUCUCAGACUCCCUUUUUAUUUUGUUACAUUGUGAUACAUUGUCAGCAUAGUAAUAUAUUGACAUCUGAAUAUGUCAAACUUUUAAAAUCAGUUAUUAACCUCUGAACUCCUGGAGGUGGUGAAUGUUGAGAUCAGGAUAUCGGUCACAGUGACUGAAAUUUUUUAAAACGCUAAUAAAAAUAUCCUACUUGAAA